ACUAAAGAAAUGAGUUAACUUCUUUUAUGGAUUUUCCUUUAUGUAUUUUUGCUUUUUUAACUUUGGUUAGCGGGGCAAUUUCAAAGGCGGCUAAAAUCCGGGUGAACCCCGCGCCGCGGAGGUUAUUAGGGGAAGUCUGUCCUGUUUAUGGUGUUGGUCGUGGUUUAUAAGGUGUUCAUGGUACUGGUAAAGCUGAAAGUUGUAAAACGUGGAGACGGAAGCUAAGGAAGAUAAACAAUAGUGACAUCCGCGUGUUGGUUUAUUUACAGCGAAAGGACGUGUUUGUUGAAGCAGUGGGUGCAGAACCGGUGGCGGCUGUGACAGAGGAGGUGGAGUUGUCAACGUAGUCGUUUUUUUCCUUAUUGGCGUUCCUGGCCCGCUGCGGCGGGAGAGGGAUUGCCCUGGUUUUUGUCCAGGUGUAGAUUCUUAAAUCAUGGAAAAGAGCAUUUCGGAGCCUGGAAACGGAGAAGGUACAAUGCUCAUUAAAUUGACUUUUGGGAGGAAGUCCCAGUUUCGCUACUCCAAGGAAGAGCUACUGGAAAUAAAAGAAAGCCCAUACUCUAAACAGAGACCUGGCUACCUUUUGGACAAGUUUGACAGUGAUGGUAUUUGGGACCCAGAGAAAUGGCAUGCCUCGCUCUACCAAGGUUCGGGACGUUGCUCUCCUGUGGAAGGAGGUACCAAAAAAGAUGUGGAUUCUGAUCGCACUUCACUCAAGCGAAGAAUUCCAGAUCCCAGAGAACGUGCAAGAGAGGAUGAUGAUGUGGUGUUGAUUCCACAGAGGCGUAGUUUUGGGGGAGGCUGCCAUGUAACAUCCGUAUCGAGCUCACGGCAAGCAGGGAGCCCGUCUGAAGGCAAAGAAAAUGAAAAUGUGCAGAGGAGUGGACGGCGGAUUGGUAGUGGAAGAAUUGUUGCAUCUCGAGCUUUUGAAGCCCGACCUAGUGACAAAGAUUUCAGGGAACAGCGGGAGGCACGAGAACGUGACAAGGAAAAGCGUUUCAGGAGAGAGCCUGUAGAAGGAAGGCGUCCAUUUGCGGAGCGCAAGAGGAAUGACUCUUACACGGAAGAGGAACCGGAGUGGUUUGUUGCUGGCCCUACAAGUCAAUCUGAGACUAUUGAACUCACUGGGUUUGAUGACAAAGUGUUGGAAGAUGAUCAGAAAAAACCCAAGCGCUCUAGAAAGCAGUCCUUCAAAGAAGAGGUGCAGUGCAAUGGUGGUGAAGUAUUGGAGGAAGAAGUUCUUUCCCAGGAUGCAUCAGCUGACCAGGAGGUUCCAAGGGAGGAGGUGUUGCCACCAUCAGCCCCAGGAGAGUUUGACUUCAAUGAAUUUUUUAACUUGGACAAGACUGGGUUGGCUUCGAUGAUUGAAGAUGUUCUUAAUGAGGGCUCAGUGUCCAGCAGGUUCAGUCAGUGGUUUAACAACAGCCGAUCUGGAAGUCACUCUAGCAGUUUGAGAUCAACACCUCAUGAGGAGCUUGAAAAAUUGGCAGGUCUAGAACAGCAUAUUCCUUCACCCAGUCUUCAGCAGAAGAGUUAUUUUGCACCUAUCCCAGUGAAAGAUGAGAGGUCUGCAGAAGAUAAAGUUGAUAUUCUGGAGAUGCUACACAAAGCCAAAGUGGAUCUAAAACCUCUUCUGAAUAGUAUGACUGCUAACAAAGAGAAGUUAAGGGAAAGCAGUAACUCUGGUGUGGUCCUGUCUGUAGAAGAGGUGGAGGCUAAACUGAAAAACUUGAUGGUAGAGCCAGAUGGCAAAAAUGCAACUGCGUUUAUGGUGGAGCAGCUGGAAGAGAGGUUUGCAAGUGUGUCAAAUGGCAGGGCUCCCUGGAAGCGGGAUAAUGACAUGUCCGCAUUCAACAAGCUGGUGAGCAGCAUGAAGGCCAGUGGUACACUUCCAACCCAGCCCAAAAGUAAUCAAAGUGAGAAUCAUGUAGUGCCAUCCGUUCUUGAAGGCCCUUCACAGCACCCUUUGCCAAAGAAUAUCUUGCAGGAGAUUCUGGGUCCACAGAUGGCAAGACCACCUUCUGAUGUAUUGAGCAGUCUUUUGAGGGGCUCUGAACCCAACAGUUUGAUACAUGGUCAGAGAGGGACAGCUCCUUUGCAUCCAUUCCCACCUCGGGCUUCUGCAGAGUAUUUGGGCCCCAGGAUGCCAUCUCCUGUUGGUUUUGCCCCGGGUCAUACACCGCUGAUUGGAGAGCCUUACCAUCAGUUUCCUAAUGCACCCAGUCCAGUUCCUAGACAGGGCAUCAGUCGUUUAGAGAUGCAGCAGGCAGUUUUAGAUGGACUUCCUUUUCCACCCGAGUUUGCAGUCCCAGCUGGAAACCUCUAUCUUCCAGGCUUUGGCAAGCUGCAGCAUGACAGGGGAAGGGAUGGCUAUAGAAGUCGGCAACCAAGAAUGACGAGGCCUCCAGGAAUUGGCCACAGAAUGUCCUCUCCAGUACUUCAUACCACAGUCACUAGCAUGUUGUCACCGUCGUUUACUCCCACUUCUGUAAUUCGGAAGAUGUAUGAAAGUAAGGAGAGGAACAAGGAAGAGUCGACGUUGAGCAAGUCUCCUGAUGCCAAGGAGGGACAGAAGUCUAGUGAAGAUACUACAUCCUCAUCAUUCCCACAGGCAGGGCCUGCAGACAGAGAGACAUCCCUCACCGUAGUAGGGAAAUCUUGUAUUGCCCCACGCUCUUCGGGUUCCACCUUACUUGACGGCAGCAAGUUCUCCGCCGAGCAAGACUUGAGGCCAACAUUGGCUGGUAGGAAGACCCCAACAAUGGAUUCAUCUAUCUCUAGGCCUCCGUUCCUUCGACCGGUGUGUCAGGUUCCUCUGGUGCCGCAUUUCCCAGUUGUACGACCAGUCCACCAUCAGCUUCACCCAGGGAUGGUUCAGAGACUGUUGCCACCCCCUCAGCAUCUCCAGCCUCUACUUCAAGCAGUUUUGGCUGCUGGCCCGAGUGUGCAAGGAUCUGGAACAGCUGUACAGAAUCUCCACCAGAACACUUCACUUCGAACAGGCCAGAGCCAGCAACGUCGUAGUCCAAGAAGCAGCUCCCCAGUUGGACUUGCAAAAUGGUUUGGCUCUGAUGUUCUUCAACAGCCGUUGCCAUCUAUGCCUGCCAAAGUAAUCCGUGUUGAUGAACUGGAAUUCAGACAGUGAAUGCUACAAGCCAAGUUUUUGGACAACAAUGCAAGAAAAGGACAGUUUGAGUUUUGUUUAUACUUGUUGCAAGAAAGUCUUGAAGGUUUAUUUUUAUGCGUUUAAUACCUUUUUAUAGGCGAAAAUGUGUACAUGAGAAAGCUGUCCUAUUGGAAACCCUCAACUUUCUUUGAACCUUUGUGGGAAAGUAAGCACCCACCAAUCAUUUCUUUUUUUUUUUUAAGUUUCUACAAAGGUGAAUCACUUUUGUGUCCUUCAUCCCCCGCGUUUUUCCUAGUGCUUGAUGGAAGCACAGUGAGUAUUUUCUUCAGAGAAAGAUUGAAUGAGAUUUCCUCCUCAGAUUCUGAGAAAUUAAAUGUACAGAGUGUUGUGUACAUAAAUGUGUAUAAAGUUAUGAUUUUUGGAAAAUCUGUAUAUAAAUUUAGAAUAGAAAACUUUACUAUAUAUAUAUAAAAUGUAAACAGUUGUACAGAUGGAGUAGAUGGUUCACUUUGGGAAGCUGACUAGCUUAGAACCAGACAGGAAUAUAUUCACUUUGGAAGCCCUUGAAUCUGCUGUGCAAGCGUGUGAGUGAGACCUUUUUUUAUUACCUGGAAGCAUGUGUGAGCUGGAGACUAUCCCUUUUCUUAUCCCCCAGUGAUGGCACUUGUGAAUUGUAUAGGUUCCUCCCUUGAGGGGUUUAGCCAUAUUUAUACUUGUGUGUGUAUGCGUGUGUGUGUGUGUGUGGGAGGAGCUGAAUCAGUUUAUUGUGUGGAUCGUUUCAGGGUAAUGAAAUGUGAGCAGGCUGUGAAGCCUUGUUUUGAUUUUUUUUCUGUGAAGAGCAAUGGUUUUAAGUACUUUCUUUUAACCAGUUUUCUAGCUGGUUUUGUAUGGUAUGCAUCAACCAAAUACGUCUUCUGGACUGAAAUGUUCAUUGCUUGACCCAACCUGCCAUUCUGUGUUAUGCCUUCUCAUUGCUGAAUGUGACAAGUUGGGGGGGGGGGUGAAUCACUGUAGCCUUAACUUGUGUGACCAUGGUGCAGAAUGUAGUUAACUUCACCCACAGUACUGUUGUGGGGGUGACUCAUUACUAUAUGAGCUGGCAUUGAACAUCACAGAGGUGUGUAUCUUGCAUCUGGUUGCUAUGCCUCUUACUCCUGGCUUCAUGUUUUUCUUUAACUUUUGAAGAAUGUCUGUGACCUGUCAAGCACACAUUGGAUUUUGUGAAAUAUUUUAUCGUAAAGAUGGGCAUUUCAGGACUGUAGCAGACUGUUUCUGGGGCUGCAACUUAAAAGUUUUGUCCUGUACGUAUGUAUACUAGCUAAUCGUUACAUGGUAGGAUUCUUCAGCUGCAUACUCUGUAACCUGCAGCCUGUUCCUUGAGUUUGGAGAACAGGAAGCUGCCUCUGUGGCAGGUGUGAUACAGCUGCAUGACAGGAUAAUGCCUGGUUUGAAGUUAUGGCUCUAACCACACCAUGUAUUCUUUUCUUUGCUGUGAAUUGCUUGAGCCGUUAUAGAUUCACUCUUCAUUGGUGCUAGCUACACUUAAGUGUUAAAUUUUGCAGUGCCAGGCUACUAGAAUGGAUUUUAGUCUUUCAUUCUGUUUCUCUGCUUCCCUCUCUGUUACACUGUCACAGCCGUACUCAUGAAUUGUCCCUUUCUUGCUCACAUUUGCAGAGAACUGUCAUUGUAACCUUGUAUCAAUUUAUUUUUUAGGUUUUCUUUUAUAAUAAAAGUGCUGAUUAGAGUUUCGGGGGGGGGGGGCAAAGCACAACAUUGUUUGGAAAAUGCUUAAAUAAAGUCUCAAACUUG